AUGGCAGCAUCAGCAGCGGCAACAGCGAAACUAAUCGAAACGCACAGGAAAGGAGCGGAAAUAUACCAGGGGGAGGAGUGCAAGGACAUAAUCCUGAAGCUGCUGGAGGAAUUCAAGCUCCCCAACGGACUGUUGCCGAGGGACGAAAUCGUGGAGAUCGGGCUGAACCGGUCGACCGGGUUUCUGUGGCUGAAGCUGAAGAAGAAGUCGGAGAUCAAGUUCCGGCAGAUUGGACAGACGGUGUUGUACAGCGUGGAGAUGACCGGGUUCGUGGAGCCAGGGCACCUCUCCAAGCUCACCGGAGUCAAGGGCAAGGAGAUGAUGAUUGCAGUAGUCAUCAGCGACGUCCUCGUCGGCUUCCCCUCCCCGGACAUGAUCAAGUUCACCACCCCAGUUGGAUUGUCCCGCGCGCAUCCUGUCUCGGCAUUCCAGCUCCCCGACGAACCAAACUCAAACCCAAGCCCAACGGCGGCCACCCCGACCCCUGCCCCCGCCCACACUGCUUAG